GUCACACUGCUGCCGGCCGUUUUGUUGUAUGCGAUUUGUUUUUGUGCGAUUUAUGCCGUGGUACUGGUUCUCCUUUUGUCAAAAUGCGUGCGCCUGAUGCGCUCCUGCUCCACCUCGCUGUCCUGCUUUUCCUGCUGACCUCCGUCCAAGGAACCCUCUCCCCAGACAGCCAGAAAUCCAAGAGCAAAACCAAGGAAAGUGCAUUGCGUGGCGGUCCGCAAGACAACGAUGUUUUUGAUUUGGGGUUGGUGAAUCGCGAACCAUUGGCCAAGGAUAUUGUGUUCAACCAUAGAGGAUACUUCAAGGAAACGGGCUUAAGGCGGUUCAAUGGCACUACUUUGGGCUAUGUAACUCCAUGGAACUCCCAUGGCUAUGAUGUGGCCAAGAUAUUUGCCAAGAAGUUUGACAUCAUCUCGCCGGUUUGGCUACAGAUUGUAAAGCAGGGAGAUCGCUAUUCCGUGGCAGGAACCCACGACAUUGACGCAGGAUGGGUGACAGAUGUCCGAAGAAAGGGAAAGCAGCCCCACAAUCAGCGGACAGUGAAGGUGUUUCCCCGCUUUAUAUUCGAUCACUUCACCGAUCGGGAUAUUAAGUUGUUGCUCAGUGAUGCAAAAGAGCGGACGAAAGUUAACGAAGUCCUGAUCAAAUGCUGCAAGGAUAAUGGCUUCGAUGGACUUGUCCUGGAGGUGUGGUCCCAGCUGGCUGGGCGCAUCGAUGACAAAAUCCUUUAUAGUUUGGUGCUACAAAUGGCUAAGGAACUCCAGAAGCAGCAGCUUCGGCUCAUUUUAGUCAUUCCUCCUUUCCGCAAGGAUACAGGCAAUCUUUUUGGAGAGAAGCACAUGGACAAGCUGUACAAGCAUAUAUUCGCCUUCUCGCUAAUGACGUACGACUUUUCCAGUGUACAACGCCCUGGAGCGAAUGCACCACUAUAUUUUGUCCGCAAGGCUGUAGAGACAAUUGCUCCAGAAGGUUGUCCUGAUCAGGAGGCAAAGCGGGCUAAAAUUCUGUUGGGCUUAAACAUGUACGGCAACGAUUACACGCCCGAUGGCGGUGGACCCAUAACAUUCUCUCAAUACUUGGAUUUAGUAAGGCAUGUAAAGAAACACCUAACUUAUGAUGAACGAGAUGUGGAAAAUUUCUUCGAAAUCAAAAACGAUAAUGGUCGUCACAUUGUCUUUUAUCCCACUCUGCAUUCCAUCAACGAGCGAAUUAAGCUAGCCCAGGAGUUGGGCACUGGCAUUUCGAUCUGGGAACUUGGACAGGGCCUAAACUAUUUUUACGAUCUCUUUUAGUUAUGCUUUAGGGAGCAUGAAAUGCACAAUACAUAUACAUAUAAAAUAAAAUGUCCGCUAUAUUAGCAAAAA